AUGGGAACCAAGAAGAGGAAAUCGUUGAAGAGCCUCGCCGCAGGCAGGCCACCGAUGGCUAGGUCGGCCCGGUCCAUGUCCAGCAAAGCCAGCCGGACUCUCAUCAACAACCAUCACCAACUACAGAAGAUGCGUUUUCAAGCAGCGGCCAAUGGAGACAAGGAUUUAGAAGCAGCCAUCUCCACCGAGAUUGCCUCACUAGGUGGCUUGAACCAAUACCAACAGGCCAGUCUCCAUGGGCAGAGUAUCGAGAGGGGAGGCGACACGUCGAAGAUUCUCCUGAAGUGGCUUUCGGCCGAUGAGCUGGCCGGUCUGGGCCGCCGGCCCUCGAUGCUCGAAGUUGGGUCGCUGAGUACGCGCAAUGCGUGCUCGACCUGUGGCCUCUUUGACGUCGUUCAUAUCGACCUCAACAGCCAGGAGCCAAAUAUUCUACAGCAAGACUUCAUGGCACGCCCACUGCCGGAAUCCGAGGCGGACAAGUUUGACGUCAUAUCGCUGAGCCUGGUCCUGAACUUUGUUCCAGACGCCAUGAACCGGGGCCAAAUGCUCCUUCGAACUCUUUCGUUUCUCCGUGACAGUGGCAAGCCAUCACGGGACACGGCCGGCGGCCUUCCAUUCCCAUUGCUCUUCCUAGUCCUACCUCGAAGCUGCCUGGACAACUCACGGUACAUGACGGCGGGCAAGUUGGAGGAGCUCAUGGGAACGUUGGGAUACGAGCUGGUCAAGGCCAAGUCAACUCAGAAGUUGGCGUACGGUUUAUGGGGGAAAGCACGCCCUCUACCCUCGGCUGCCAUAGAGUUCACCAAACGAGAGAUCAACCCGGGGCGGACCCGAAACAAUUUUUCCAUCACGCUGAAGCACCCACCUACGCAGUCAACCUGA